CUAGCCACGAGAGGAGAGCGUUUUUGUCGUAGCCUGUGAUCGCGGAUUUCAUCCGGCAUUCCAUCGAAGAUGUGCCUGCUGCUGGGCGUAGAUCGAGAUGAUAAUGCUCCAGGAGAAGCGCUUCUUGCGGAAGAAGAGCUCGCGAAGGCUCACAUUGGCGAGGUAUUUGUCCUGCUCCAGGCCGAUGGAUGCAAUCUGGGAGUCCUGUGCUAGAUCGCGCGCGGCAGUGCAGCAGCUGGAGGAGCGAUUCUCUCAGGCAUUCCGACGAUUUUGGAGUCUAGGGUUUAUGGAUUCCUGGCGAUGAGUCGAGGCUUCGGCUGCCACACCGUUGACAAGAUUUAUGGCAGCAUUGCGCCUGUUGCGAUCGGCUGCCAUCGCUCACAGAUGGCAGCAGCGCAUUGCGAGCGCAGGCUUUUUCACCAGAAGCUCACUCUUUGGUACUCGGCCUUCUCAAAGGGACGAGAAACACGAUCUACUGCUCACUGCAAAUGUCGCGGAGGCAUCCCUGCGACGAGAAUUCCCCCAGCAGCACGAGAAGGCGAUCGACGACGACAAGAUCACUAAACUGCUUGAGAUGAUCGAAUCCAAGCCCGACACCUUCGAGGCUGUGAAGAAAUGGAUGAGGAGAGGGAACUGUUUGAGCAGCGACGUGCUCUCCACGAUUUAUUUCUGGCUCAUGAAACGCAAGCGCUACACCGAGAUCAUGAAGCUGCUAGAAGGCAUUCGAUGCGAGAGAUUGGUGAAGUUCACCGACAUGCACUGCGUCUGGGCGAUUGGUGUCAUCUCCCGGCGGCGAGGAAUGGCCAAAGCCGAGCGUUUCUACGACAGCCUUCCAGAGAAGCUGAGGACUGACCGGGUGACAGUCGGGCUGUUUCUUAGUGUCGCGAAAGAGAACGGGCUCGCCAAGGCCGAGCAGUGGCUAGAGAAGAUCCAGGUCCACACCACGGACAUCCUCGACGUGAUGAUGGUGCUCUAUCUCAACAGGGACAAGCACCACAAGGUGGUGGAGAUGUUCGAGAGAAUGCGGGGCUUGGGGCUCCAGCCGAGCGUGAGAACUUAUCUCAUGCUGCUCAAGUGCAAGGACAGGGGUGCCGGUGGAUUGAAUGCAAUCGAGGGAGAAGCUCUUGGAGCUGUGCAGACGAUGGAUGUGGAGGACCCGCCGCUCAGAACGCUCAACGAUGCGAUGGAAGUUUAUGGCUACGUCGGGAAACAGGAUGGUAUCGAGGAGCUUUGGAGAUCAUUGAAGAGAACGAGAAGUGAUAUCCACCAGUCCAGCUACUUCAGCGCGAUCACUGCAUUGGGACUGGUUGGCGAGGUCGCCAAGGCUCGAGCACUUUGCAAGGAACUUCUAGCUGGAUCGGACGAGUUUACGAAGUUUGAGCAGAAUCCACACGCUCUGAUGCUAGAAGUUUAUGCUCGCAAUGGGAUGAUGGAGAAGGCGGAACGUAUCUUGCAAAGCAAGGAGCUGGACCGCGACUCUUUCGCUCCUUACAACAGUUUGAUUCAAGGCUACAUGGCAGCCAACAACAUUUCAGAGGCGCUCAAGAAGCUGGACGAUGGUCUUGCAGCUGUGCCUGCGAAAAGCAUCAGGCUGCAGUACAAGACGAUGAUGGUGCUGCUGCCAGUCUACGCAGCAAACGGCGACGUAGAGGGUGCCAAGGAGCUGAUGCGGAGGUACACGAAGCUAGGUGAUGCCGGAGUGUACAACGAGUUCCUCAAGGUCUACAUCUCUCGCAAGCGCCACCCCAGAGAGUUCAUGGAAAGGAUGCAAGCGAACGGUGUCGAGGGGAACAGGGAAACGGAGAAGCUGCUGGAGGAGCUCGACAUGUCGCCAGAAGGGGUCUUCAAGAGGCAAAUGGAGCAGCAGGGUAUAUGGUUUUAGAAUGGCUCGCUGGUUGUCACUCCUGCGGCAAAGGAGCCAGUGGGUGCGCGCAUUUUCCAGCGAGAGCAGCGGCAGCAGCAGCGUCUCUAGGCAUGCUCAGGUGCUCCCGGUGUGGCCGGUUGGAACGGAGACGAGAUUCUCACAGAUGAUGUAUGUCGGAGAAGCGGGUAAGAGCAUUGAUUCUUACAAGAGCGAGGACGUCUCGGACUUCUGCGAGAUGCUGCUGUCCAAGCCUGAUAUCUUUCAGGGCCUCAAAGAGUGGGUUCGUGAGGGUAACACCUUCUCAAGCUCCUUGUUGUCCAAAGUCUACUAUCGAUUGGCGAAGAGGAAGUAAGAGAUUCUACAGCUGCUGAGGUAUCAGGGAGGAAAACAUGGCCCAGACUACACAAACACACUACAUUUGGGAGAUGGAUAUAACUUGUCGGCAGCAAUCUACGUACGCAGCAGAAAUCUUUUACAACGAUAUUAUUCCAGCCCGUUUCAGAUCCGAGGUAACAGCAGCGCUAAUCUUCAGCCUUGCAAAGAGAAAUGCGCUCGCCAAGUCCGAGAAGUGGAUCGAACAGAUGACGGUGCUGUCUACAGAUCUCCUCAACAUGCUCAUGGCGUUGUAUUUCGACCGGGACAAGCACGACAAGGUUCUGGAAACGUACGAAAGAAUGUCCAAGCUCGGGCUGGAGCCGAGCAUCAACACUUACUUGAUGCUGCUCACUUACAAGGACAAGGCCGCUGGUGGCCUGGAAGGAAUCGAGGGAGAAGCAGAGGAAGAGUCGAUCUAGAGUUGCAUAGCCUUGCUGCUCGCUGUGUGGUCUUGUUUUGCCCAUGAGAUCAUCGUUUGCUCCGAUACCAUAUUAGUUUUCUAGUUAAACGAGAUACUUUGUUUCCACCACUUUGUCAUUUUCUCCAUGUAUAUAUAUAUUUUCUCUUGCCA